CAGCGGGCACGGUCGAGCCCAGGGCUUUGUCGGGACGGUAGGUGGUAGUGUUUACAACAUGGUUAGUAUCAACUAAUUCAUUUUGUAUUAAUGUUUAGGCUUUUGUCCCAUGUAAGAAUAUGUAGCGUGUUUAACCCAGUAAAAUGGUAGCUUUGGCCUGAUGUACUUGGGAUUCCGUUAAGUGAUAAAAGUGUGAACGAACUCGGAACAGUGUGGACAUUCUUACUAGUGGAUAAACAGUGUGACCUCCGGACCUAACGGCGGACAGAGGACAGACACAGUGCCAGUCACCGGACCAUGUCCUUACCCCAGUUCGCUCCAUACCCGUUUCCUGGUCCUUCAUCAGUCUCAACUUCUCCGAUGCCUGGUCCAGGGUCGUCUGCGGCCGGUCCCCGGGGCUGCUGUGAGAACGGUCGCCCCAUCAUGACUGACCCACACACUGGACAAACAAUAUGCUCAUGCCAGUACAGCUCCACCCUGCUCAGCUACUCCCGGGUCCCGGGGAUUGCGGACGGGGUGUACGGGAGUCCUCCCUAUGGACCUGCCCAGGGUUUCAUGCCCCUCGGGUCUGAAAGUUCGGCCUUCUACUCACCACUGACAGGAGGAGCAUUUGAUGCCAAAGACGGGGCUGAGGCGUGGCGAAGCCUCACCCAGCCCGGGGCUUGUUUCCCAUAUGACCCGGCGGUGGCGGUGUAUCCGUAUGGCACGGGAUAUGGUGGCAUUGAUUUAAAUGCAAGAAGAAAAAAUGCAACACGUGAGACAACAAAUACUCUGAAAGCUUGGUUGUACGAACACAGAAAAAAUCCCUACCCGACAAAAGGGGAAAAAAUCAUGUUAGCUAUUAUCACAAAAAUGACACUGACACAGGUAUCCACGUGGUUCGCUAACGCGAGGCGGCGAUUGAAAAAGGAAAAUAAAAUGACAUGGUCGCCACGUAACAGAUCAGAGGAUGGUACAGAAAACGACGAUAACGACGACGAUUGUGACAACAAAGACGACGAUGAUGAUUUGGACUUGUCGUGCAACGGUAGUACUAGUGACGGUCCGUUAGACUUGGGAACAAAACCAGUCUCAGAUGAAUCAGAAUCUGGACAAAGAAAGCAGCCAAUGAAAGAAAGAAUGAUCAACGUAGACGAUGAUUGCGAUGACGAUGAUUCGAAUUUGAGUUUUAAGGACAUCGAUGAGUUAGAUCCCGUCCGGACAUCGGCUCGACGGGAGAGUGUGCGCGCUGAUAUCAGUGACGAUGAUUCUCAGGCUCCAAGUAUAGGUGGUGAUUCCCGUUGUAGUGAAUUGGCAUCCCCAUCACUACCGAGGGGUUCUGAAUGUAGAUCAGAGACAAUCCCGUCAGACAACGAUUCUGAGACUCAAACGAGACCCAAAAUCUGGUCUGUGUCAGAAUUCCUAAACUCGUCUACAAGCAGUGCUAGUGACACUUCAAAAUCCGAACCACGGGUAACUAAAGCAAUCUCACAACAGCAUGGUGGUCCUGGGUUUUUCUACCUCCCCGCCUCGAAGAACUCUCUGACCUCGGGUAGAUUUGCAGCAUUUGGGGCGUAUCCUUUGUCCUUUAGUCAUACGACGCUGUCCUACCCAUAUUCGCUUACGUCACAUACAGCGUCAAAGGCAGGAAUCAUGUGUUCCACGUCACGGUUACAGGGGCCGGAAAAUCUCUCCACCGGCGGCCCCGACAAAAUACUGAGAUCUCAGAACGGACUCUUCUCACCAGCUAGAGACAUUGAUGUUGUAAAACACUCGGGUAAAUUUUAGAAUAUAUGUUACAUUAAAUGUGAAAGCUUGGAAAA